AACUGUUAUCAGUUUUUGCGAUAGGGCACGAUAGCUAGAUUUUCUCAUCUAGAAACUAAUUCAAUUGGCAAAUAAGUUUACAAAAAAGUUCUAGCAUAAAUGAAUAGACUGUUUAUUUUCUUACUGAGCUAAAAGACUCUACACAAGAAGGAGGGAACCGAAUGACAAAAAGAAAUUAAUAAGAGGCAGGCUAUAUAACGGUAACAGCCGAUAUCGAACUGGUUUAGGAUAUAGGAAGUGGAGAGAUUAGGAAAAUAAUGAUAGGACAGUGGUUCGGGAUAAAAUCAGGAAGUGGUAACGGACAACGGACUGCUUUUCAUUUUAAACGACGGUAGCUGAGGAUAAGGGUUAGGUAUUCGAGACAAAAAUUAGGGUACAGAAAGUGGUUAAGGAUACAGGAAGUGGUUAAGGAUACAGGAAGUGGAUAAGGAUACAGGAAGUGGUUGAUGAUAUAGGACGGUACCAUCAGGAAAUGUAGGGUGAUACUGAGUGGAUCGCGAAAUCCUUCGUACAUCUGCUGAAAAAAGGUGAUUUGGUCAUCCGGGGACUUACCUUACACCUGUCUUCAUCUUGGAUCAGGUACAAACUUUGUUUACCUUAAUUACGGAAUACCUCAUUAACAGUGAGGCCCAACAUCCGGUGCAGAUUUGGAUGACAGAAGAACGUGUCUUAUAUCGCCUACCAUUGGGUGAUUAAAUCGAUGUCGGGUUAGACGGGUUUAUCGGAUUAGACAGGUUGUCAACUUAGAUUUUGACCAACCGCAACUGACGUGACAAACCAUGACUUUACCAACGAGAAGCCAGGAUGUCACGUGACCUAUUGUUUGUUCUUUACAUUCUUUUGCACCCGUCAGUCUUAACAGCUGGCGGUCCGUCUCACAAUGUCAAGAAAACUGACGAACAGAGACUACUAGAGGUUCUGUUAAACGGAUAUAACAGUGACACGAGACCCGUAUAUAAUGCGUCACAUCCGGUCCAAGUCUCGCUAGGAAUCACUCUUACACAGAUAUUUGACGUGGAUGAAAAAAAUCAAGUGUUGACCACCAAUGUCUGGUUGGAUCAGGAAUGGAAAGACGAGAAGCUGACGUGGGACCCCGCUGAUUAUAACGGACUGGAGGUGAUGAGGAUCCCGUGCCGGAAAAUCUGGCUGCCGGAUAUCGUCCUCUACAACAGCGCCAGCGACCACAAUGAGAAGUACAUGGAGGCGCUAGCCAUGGUCAGUCACACAGGGGUAGUCUUCUGGCCCCCCAUCGUCAAGUUCCGCAGCUCCUGCCUGAUGGACAUGACCUACUUUCCGUUCGAUGACCAAAUCUGUAAGUUAAAGCUGGGCUCCUGGGCCUACACCGGCUUCCAGGUGGACGUGCUAAACCGCUCAAACACCGUCGAUCUGUCCAGGUUCGUGCAGAACGGCGAGUGGGAGCUUAUCCGGACGUACGGUGUCCGGAACAACGUGUACUACACGUGCUGUCCGGAACCGUUCCCGGAUGUAACCAUUACGCUGCACAUCCGGCGGCGGACCAUCUACUAUAUGUACAACGUCAUCAUCCCCUCCAUCAUGCUGUCCAGUCUGGCCCUGCUGGGGUUCUGGAUUAACCCUGACUCCGGGGAGAAGGUCACGCUGGGACUGACCGUACUGUUAGCGCUGUCUGUCUUUAUGCUCCUCAUCGCGGAAAACACGCCGGCCACCUCAUUCUUCAUACCUCUGCUAGGAGUUUACCUUAUCACCACCAUGUCCUUUACCUCUAUAUCUGUCAUCUGCUCCGUGGCUGUGACGAAUCUCCACAUCCGGGGAUACGCGCAUCCUGUCCCAAACUGGAUGCGCAGUGUCCUACUGGUGGUGUCACGCGUGCUCUGUAUAACUGUCAAUCAUCUCAAGGAGAGGAGGUCCCACUGGAAGCCAAAACACUGGCACCGCGUCCCCGAGGCUUCAACCGUCGGUAACCAUUCCUCGACCAAUGGCCGUGUCGUUCAUGACAUAGGGGAGACGACUACCAUCGUAACUCAUGACGACGUGCUCCAUGACGGAGCGACACCUGGUGACAGGUUACUCAAGGACGAUAACUCACAAGUGAAUCACGCAUUACUGGAAACACUGAAGUGCCUUAUGAACAAACAAGAGGAGACCGACCGAGAGAACAAAAUCCACGACGAAUGGAAGGAGGUUGCCAUUGUGAUCGACCGCUUCCUGUUCCUGGUUUUCCUGUUGGGGAUGAUUGUGGCUUCCGUUUAUAUCCUCGUCGCCUUGCCAUUACAAAAGUUACAGAGAUUUGGUGGUUCUUAACUUUUCUCUAUGACUAGUAAAUGUAUCUGUUUAUACAUGUGAAUUGAUUGUCUUGACGAUAUAGUGAUAUUAUUCAGAACUAAUUUGUGUUUGACCUAUUAAAAACGCACAAUUAUUCGGAAAAUACAUAUAUUUUUAUAUAUCGUGGUUUAGUAGUUGAUUACUAGAAAUUCGUAACGGAAAUUUAUAUAUGAAUGUUUUGUUUUUUUUGGCUGAUAUCAGUUUGAUUAAAUACGAUUAACCUAUAAAUAUUUAUGUUACAAAACUUUCAGUAAUUUUGGACUUGCCUGUACGAUUUUUCACAUAUUUUAUGGAGAUAUUUGAUACGAUAUAAACAGGUUUUU